AUGUCGACCAAGGGAGGGCCUGCCGGGACGCGGGCACGCCUGCUGCGAAGAUUGUUCAGGAGCUCCACUGCGGUGCGCCAGUGUCGACAGCGGCUGGGCUUUCUUCGGCGGAGGCGCAGCGACAACAGCAUUUCGGUGCGACCGGACCGGGCGCAGGCCCAGCAGUGGGCCACCUCCUUCCUCAACCUGAUCAACUCCAAAUAUGGAGUGGCGUUGUUCAAAGGAUUCCUGUCACAAGAGUUUGCUGAUGAAAAUCUGGAAUUCUGGCUUGCCGUUGAGGAUUUCAAGAAAACGCGACACUGCAAGUUACCAGCCAGGGCUCAACAAAUCUAUAAUGAGUUCCUGGCUGCACAGGCUCCGAAAGAGAUCAACAUCGACUCGUCCACACGGGCGGUGAUCGGUAAGCGGCUGUCGGACCCGGAUGUGCAAAUGUUCGACGCGGCUCAGCGGCGUGUGCAGCACCUGAUGGAGAGCGACAUCUUCCCACGCUUCCUCCAGUCAGAGAUGUAUCAGGAGCUGUUACGCGACGAGCACUCGAAAGCCCGGGCGCGCAGGUAGCCCGGCCGGCCGGCCGACGCCACUUCAGGCUGUGAGGGGAGGCUUGUGC